GCUCCCAAGCGCCUUGGUUGCAAGUUGUGUUUUUCCAGACUCGUAUAUCACCACAAUCCAGCAACUUUCGAUCUAAUAUGAGUCUAUCCUCGGUGGCAAGCAACAUUCAGCAUGGCAACAAGGCAGCUCGCUGUGGACUGAGCCUUAACAAUAAACUAGUGCAGGCCUUGAUCCUCCUGGUGGCCUGCGUCCUCUUUGGAGCCAACAUGAACUACGCCUCCUUUCCACCUGGCACUGUCAUCGAUAUCAAGCUGGGUGAUGUCGCCCUCGAGCAGUUCAGCUAUACGCCAACCCGCGAUGGAUACGAGUUCAACUACACUCUUCCUGAUGGAACUUUUCGUGAUGAGGUUGGCAAGGUCCUGAGUGGAACUUCAGCUGCCCAGGAUCUGGAGAAUGCCAACAACUUGGCCAAGAACCACCGUCCCUCCCGUCAACAGGGCCUUAAGGUUCGCAAGUUGUCCGGAAAAUCACUUGCAUCUCUGGCCGGAUAAGACACCUCAGAAAACAUUAUUAUUUACAAUCCAGCACGAAUUUAUUUAAACAGUUUGCAUUGCCGACUGUUUUAGGCUAGGUUAUAAGUUGAGAUGUUACAUUUGUUAGCAAUAAAAACAAUCGAUCAAAA